GCUAAGCUCACUGUGCGGGGCUGGAGGGCGCGGGGAGCGGGCCGGGAAGGGUCCCCGCCCCCACGGCGCUCCCCUUCUCCCCGCGCCCCGCUCCUGUCUCCGAGGACAGGUCGGGGCUGUUCUCCGGCUGCCCUGCGCCUUGAUUUGGAGAGCUGGGGCUCUUUGUGGGAAGAUGUUGGGGGCGCGCUCCUCUGCUGCGGCCUGGGGCUUCUUAGAGGCCCACCCCAUUCUGCUGGGUGCAGCCCGCCCGGUUUCUCUGGCGCCGCCCGAAGCCCCCUACCCAGUCCGCUAGAUGGGAGGGCAUCGGUGCGUGCCUGGGAUUCGGCCGAAGCGGGCCGCGCCCCCUGAGACCAAGAGGCUCCACGUCCUGCUCCCGGCAAAGGGUGUGGGGAGAAGCGGUCACGCCCCUCGGCUGGAAUCCGUGAGGACCAGUGAGCAACCUUCUCCCAGCCGGUACUCAGGGCGCUGUCUCCCGGAACCGGGGCUGGCGGCGGGUGGCGCGCCCAGAAGUGGCUCGGCGCCGCGGAGUGGGCGCCUCUGCCCCUCAGGUCUGAGGGAGGGAGAUUCGGCUGGUUUUUGGAAACGGGAGGACUUGACCAGCCCUCGGACCCUUCUGGACCAAGCUUAACCCCCGUGCAACCUUUUCACAAAGGCAUAUGGGAUGAGAACGUCUGUUGGAUCAGUGGGGUGUCUCCUGUGCUUCCCGGAGGUCUGCUCACCAGUAACCACACAGCUGCGCAUUGACAUCGCUUUAGAUAACAUCUUGGAGGCUAUUUUUGCUCGUUAUUGUACCUUUCAUCUCUUUUGCAUAGUGCUUUCGAGGGCAGCUCAUUUAAUCCUCCUCCCUGUGAAGCAGCGAGGAGGUGUGUGGUUUUGGAGGGAAAGAACCUCAGUUCCUUGAUUGUCCAAUGGAAACACUGAUAACCUCAGGUGAUCCUGUCUCAGUGCUAGAAGCUGGGGAAGGAUGGCCAUCCUUGUGACUCCUCCGUGGAGCCAGGCGUGGAUUCAGCCUGGCCUCUUCUCCCCUAGUGGCCUGGACCUCCAGAUGAGUUCUGGAGAGCUACUGCUUCGGGGAAUAGGCAGGGAAUUCCCUUAUAAUCUAUUUCACUGCGGCCACUGAAAGCAAGGGAAAAGAGGCAUUUUUCAGGCCCUCAGGGCAGAAAGAAGAGGUGGAAGGGGCCUCAGGUCACCGAGACAGAGGCUCUUCAACUGUAACUGGAGUGCAUGGCACCCAUUUCUGUCAUUUCUUCCGGAGCACCUCUCUUCAGGUCCUCCUCCACACUCGUCUUAUUUUAUACUUCUCAGGUGCUUACAAGCACUUUCAUAUACACUUUUUUCAUUCACACAACAGCCUUGUAAAGCUCUACUAGCCCAGUUGAUAGGCGAGGAAACUGAAGCUCAGGAGAGAUGAAGUACUCUUGCCCAACUAAGCAGCCCAGAUUGAACUCAGAUCUUUUGCCUCGGUAGUGCUUUUCACGUGGUUUCCUGAUGGCACACAGGUGGGUCCUUUAACUCAAGGCUUCUCCCUGCCCUGUAGCUCCACCACGACAUCGAGAAUAGAGACCCCUCAUUAAGAGGCCUGCUUGGCAUUUUGGAACUAAAUCCAAGGCCACAGCAAUAUCCAAACCGUUUUCUUUGUGUUGCAGCCUGGUGCACUGGGAGUCCUCUGAGAGGUAAAGGAGCACUGUGUGGUCUGAGGGCUGUGAGCUCACUGCAUGAGUUCAGAGGAAGACAAAAUGGGCUGAACUGGAACUGACCUAAAUGUCAGCAGGAGUAGUCAUCCAGCAUGCUCUGCCCCCCCCAUGCCGAGGUGCACUGACCAUGAGCCUCAACUCCUCCCUCGGCUGCAGGAAGGAGCUGAGUAACCUCACUGAGGAGGAGGGCGGCGAAGAGGGCGUCAUCCUCACCCAGUUCAUCGCCAUCAUUGUCAUCACCAUUUUUGUCUGCCUGGGCAACCUGGUCAUCGUGGUCACCUUGUACAAGAAGUCCUACCUCCUUACUCUCAGCAACAAGUUCGUCUUCAGCCUGACUCUGUCCAACUUCCUGCUGUCCGUGUUGGUGCUGCCUUUCGUGGUGACAAGCUGUAUCCGCAGGGAAUGGAUCUUUGGUGUCGUCUGGUGCAACUUCUCCGCCCUCCUCUACCUGCUGAUCAGCUCAGCCAGCAUGCUAACCCUCGGGGUCAUUGCCAUCGACCGCUACUAUGCUGUCCUGUACCCCAUGGUGUACCCCAUGAAGAUCACAGGGAACCGGGCCGUGCUGGCACUCGCCUACAUCUGGCUUCACUCCCUCAUCGGCUGCCUGCCACCCCUGUUUGGUUGGUCAUCGGUGGAGUUUGACGAGUUCAAGUGGAUGUGUGUGGCUGCCUGGCACCGGGAGCCUGGCUACACGGCCUUCUGGCAGAUCUGGUGUGCCCUCUUCCCCUUUCUGGUCAUGGUGGUGUGCUAUGGCUUCAUCUUCCGCGUGGCCAGGGUCAAGGCACGCAAGGUGCACUGCGGCACAGUCAUCGUGGAGGAGGAUGCCCAGAGGACUGGGAGGAAGAACUCCAGCACCUCCACCUCCUCUUCAGGCAGUAGGAGGAACGCCUUUCAGGGUGUGGUCUACUCAGCCAACCAGUGCAAAGCCCUCAUCACCAUCCUGGUGGUCCUCGGUGCCUUCAUGGUCACCUGGGGCCCCUACAUGGUUGUCAUUGCCUCUGAGGCACUCUGGGGGAAGAGCUCCAUCUCUCCGAGCCUGGAGACUUGGGCCACAUGGCUGUCCUUUGCCAGCGCUGUCUGCCACCCCCUGAUCUAUGGACUCUGGAACAAGACGGUUCGCAAAGAACUACUGGGCAUGUGCUUUGGGGACCGGUAUUAUCGGGAGCCGUUUGUGCAGCGACAGAGGAAUUCCAGGCUCUUCAGCAUUUCCAACAGGAUCACAGACCUGGGCCUGUCCCCGCACCUCACGGCGCUCAUGGUGGGCGGUCAGCCCUUGGGGCACAGCAGCAGCACGGGGGACACUGGCUUCAGCUGCUCCCAGGACUCAGGGACAGAUGUGAUGCUGCUUGAGGACUACACGUCUGAUGACAGCCCUCCCUCUCAUUGCACUUGCCCACCCAAGAGAAGGAGCUCGGUAACAUUUGAGGAUGAAGUGGAACAAAUCAAAGAAACUGCCAAGAACUCGAUUCUUCAUGUGAAAGCUGAGGUACACAAGUCGCUGGACAGUUACGCAACCAGCUUGGCCAAAGCCAUUGAGGCCGAAGCCAAAAUCAACUUAUUUGGGGAGGAGGCUUUGCCAGGGGUCUUGCUCACAGCACGGACUGUCCCAGGGGCUGGCUUUGGGGGCCGCCGAGGCAGCAGAACUCUUGCGAGUCAGAGGCUGCAGCUGCAGAGCAUCGAAGAAGGGGAUGUUUUAGCCGCUGAGCAGAGAUGAAGCCCUGGGGUGCCUUGGGGCUGCAGCCCGGGAGGCCGGCCUGAGGAGGAGUUCCCAUCACCGUCUGUGCCGUCGCCUUGGGAGCACGUCACUGUGUACAGCUGGCCACACACAGGGAAGGAGCAAUAUCUGGUGUGCAGCCACCAGGACAAGGGCUGAAAAUAAUGUCUACCGUCUACGCUUCAGCGUUUCCAGAGACCACAUGUGAGCUUCUUUUAGGUCCCAGUGAUGGGACCAGAACAUCUAAAGCAAAAAAAACACACACACACACAAAAACCCAAAAAACAAACCAACCAACCACAUAUAGAGAUGUGGCCGUGGCUUUUUGGGAGGUGGGCCACGGGAGGACCAGAGACGAAGGGCUUGGAAGGAGAUCCCCACAUGCAUCAUUUUCUCCUCUUCACACCUGUGUGCUGGGAGUCCAGCCGUGCACUGUGCUAGAGCCCUCAGGAGGAGAGCCCUCUCAGUGUACUGUGGAGGAGGGCACAACGCUACUUCCUAAUGACACGCGACCAUCCUGGUGCUUCUGCAUGGUUGAUGCGGGCAGUGUGGGACCCUGAGUUCUAGACUAACUGGUCCGCAGAGAGAGCACCCAGGAGCAGAGCGCUUCAGAGCAGCCUCAGCGGCGCCACCUGCUGGUGCUAGUAGGGGCAGCCACAGGCCUCUUGAGGACGGGCCCACCCUGCCCACUGCCCUACUGACAAGUUCUUUUGUAUUUCAAAAGGGAGAAACCACUAUAAAAGACAGGAGGAAUGGCAGACACUAGGUGUUUCGUUUCUAGAAUUAAAAAUAAAUCCAUUUAAGACGCACAACUGUUUUACCAGGACUGCAUGGGACUAGUGAAAAGCACAGCCAGGAAAUAGAGAAACUGUUACUUGUUUACAUGGGAAAGCCUAAUUAGACUCUAUGUGUGAUGUGUGAGUGACUGAUGAAAAUACAGCUGGCUUCGGUUCCGCAGGGCACACUCCCGAAAGCAACAGUUACUAUUAUCACAAGCCUGGCGUAAAAGAAGAUAGAAGCCUUGGACUCAGAGCCAGGAACCCGGGUUCUUGGCCCAUCACUGUCUUCGUGUACGCUUGUCAUUUGGGACAUCCUGUCACGUUUCUAGGUUCUCUAUAAAGUGGGAAAAAGGACGGGGGAGUUGGUUUGGUCUCCAAGAUCAUUUCCAGCUCUCAUUUUUAAUGUUAUCUGGAUUUGUAAAGCAGAGAUAGAAAAAACACAAAAGCAGACCCACAGACUGACCUCUGUUUAACUCUGGAAUGUGGUUGCUCAUGUCCAUGUGAAGUGCGACCAGAUCGGGGUUCUGUGGCCUUGUCUGCCUUGCCCAUUAGAGCACAGUCUGGAUAGAAUGCCAGCCACCAAGAUGCGUGAGGGGCAGGGUCACCACCUCAGAAGGGGAAGCACAGGCAUGUGAUUGGGAUGGUUAGACCUCUCUUCUCCUCCCUUUGAGUUGGAACAGCAGUUGACGUUUGGUCCUGGAGUCAUUGCUAUGAUGCCUGGGGAAGCCACUGGAUCUCCUCUUGCGUCCGCCCUUCAGCCUGCGUGAAUAAAUAAGUUCAGGACUUCUCUGCUUUGGUUGGCAGAAGGUAGAUUCCAAGGAGAUCUUGGUGGCUGCUAAGAGGUAGCUAUUCUAGAAAGUGAAUUAAAUUACCCUUGUGGUGCUUUCUUUGGGGCCUAGCUAGCUCCUGGUGAGGUAGUGUCUCUGUGUUGUGUGGCAGAAACCAGUGGUUAGCUGGUCCCCUGGUCUGCAGUUUAAUCAAUGACCUUUCAUGAGGCCUGGAGUCUUGCUACCUGUGAUGACUGAACUCAACAACUAUUCCGGGUCACCUGGGUGCCAGGCACUGGCCUAGCUUCUGGAAGGGAGUGGGAAGGUGCAGAGGGCAGGUUCACCUGUGCAGGUCAGACACUCCGCUUCCAUUACUGAAUGGCAUUGCUAAGUCUGCUUGUAGUUCACGUUUUCCAUAUAUAUUCUCUGUAUGUAUUUUUUCUGGCACUUGUCUAGUUUCUGAAGGGACCAUAUUCCUGAUCAGCUAGUGUACACAGAGGUGGAACAGGGCAGAGAGACCUUUAUCUCUAGGAUGGGUUGCUGGUUAGGUAUAGGCAUACUUGAGUGCAGCCACUUGGCUUUGAAACCCAAGGAUGGGAUAAAGCUCCCCUGACUGUACUAGAUUGGGCUCCAGGGAAAGAACCCUCAGACCGCCUCCCACUCCCCCACUGACCCCACACUAGCUGGGAUAUAAUAGAAUUUAAUCUAAAUGAAUCUAGAAAUAUUGUAUUUCACAAAAGGAUUCACUGUAUUUCCCUUUUUAAAAUAUAUUUUACUGAGGUCCAAUUCAUUUAGUUACCUACCAGACACUGCACAUCCACUUUGUGCAAAGCACCUGGCUAGGCUCUGUAGGCAAAACCACUGAAGUGUGCACUCUCAUUUAGGGAGCAGGACCUGGAGGAUACCGAUUCUAAUAACUAGCAAAGUCAAGUAGUGGUUAUAGAAAGAAGUGCGGUUUCAGAGGGAGGUAGAUAUUUCCAACUGUGGAGUUAGGGAUGGCUCCGUGAGGUAGGUGACAGUUUGAGCUAAGUCUUGGAGGAUGUUUGGCAGCUAGAAUCAUAUUUUUCAUAUUCAGGAAUUCAAAUUUGCCUUUAUUCAGCUAGAGAGAGAGAGAGAGAAGGGGUGGGUGGGGGAGAAGGAAAGAGAAUUUUCACACAUUCUGAAGUUCUCAAGAGGCAUUUUUGAGGAUAUCUGCCAUUAGUGCAGAAGGUCAAAGCCCCAUGUGCCCCCACUAAACCCUGGCUCAUUAGCUGUAAACUGCUGUGCAGUGACCUGCAGCCUUCCUGAUGGGACCACAUGGACAGCAGCACAUGAAACAUUUUGCUACUUACUAGCUUCAACACCUCAGUCCUGUGUCUUGUGGUUUUGACAUGACCACAUUUAGAGCUGCUGCCCAUCUCUGCUUCUUUCACUGAGAUUUCUGCCUUACUGGGUCCCUGUGCUAUGCCACAGAUAUCAGGUUUGGGGUGGUUUUGACCCAGAAGGCAUUGGGAGUCCCACAUUACAGAGCACACGCACAGCUCAGCACAGCCAUUUCCCCGGCCAGAGGCACCAAGACUGAUGUUCAGGCCCUUAGACACUAGGUGGCAGCAGCGUGGCUGUGCAGAGCUAAGGAUGAACCUGAGCGCUUUUUUGCCUCUGGCUGAGCGCUCUUGUUUUCAAUUCCUUUGCCCUCAUCGUGUAGUCCAGGGCCUUGGUGACCAAGGACGACCUGGCUAGCCUGCUUACAUGCAUGACCCCAUCCAGGUUCACAGGUCUUGCCACUGAGUGAUGUUAGAUAGAUCACUGCUCCUGGAGAAGCAGAGUUGAGGAGUGCAAGACAAGGGCCAUCUGGUGCCCAUGUUCCUUCUCAUUUGAGGAGCUACUAUGUGGUCUUUCUGUAAACAAGUGAGCGACCAGUGAGACUAAAUAUUUGCAAUAGACAGGCUAAGGAAUUUGGGUUGAGACAGGAGAGGGAGGAAAUGUGCUUUGAUAAAUGACAGAUUAUUAGUCUGUUCAGAUUUACCUAUGUAUUUUUCCAUCCUGACAAUAUGCCACUUAGAUACCUGCAAAUUAGACAUGUCUCUGGAUAAACCACAAGAUACACUCACGACACAUGUUCAGGCUUGAGCACUGGCUGUGUCCUGUCUGCAAGAAACUCUGAGGAUGGUGUGGCUAUAAAUAGGGGGCAGUGAGCUGGCAUGUGAGUGCCUACUGUGGGCCGGACCUGUUUGACAUUUGAGUGCCUGUGAUGUGCUAGGUGCUGUGUUAGGUACUUCCAAAUGCUUUCUCUCAUUUCACUGCAGUGCAGAUGUGACAUAGUGGGGAUGGUGAAGACAGGUAUGGUUAAGUUGUGAGUUCAGAUCCUGUACUUCCACUUAUUACCUGGGUGUUUUCAAGCAAGUCACAUGGUAUUUCUGCUUGAGUUUCCUCAUCUUUGAAGUUCCAUCAUCUGUUUCUGUGCGGAGACACACAGAAUUGAGGGAGGCCUCCAUCGCAGGGUGAUUGUCUGGAUUCUAUGGGGAAAUACUUGGAAAGCCUGCAGCACAAUUCCUGGGGUGCAGCUGAAGCUGAGCCACUGGUGUUUCUUCACAGUAUCUCUGUGUGGAGGGUGUAUUCUUGUUUUACAGGGAUCUCUAUAACGCAGUGAGAAUCUUGAAAAGACAACUGUUACCCGAGAUGGAAGGUGUUAAAAGUUGUUGCCAUGGGAAUUAUCCUAUUUGUUGCACAGCAAGGAAGGACUUUUGGGGAAGCAGGGACGUGGUGAGGAAGAGAAGGCAAUAGAGAGGAGAGAGGAAAGGCUAAGUAGCAUCUGGAACCUGAAAGGUCUAAGGGAGCCGAAAUGAGAUUUUCUAUUAAAAAUGUCUAUGCCACUGGCCUGUUUAUACAAAAAUAAAAUAAUUCUAAUUUGUCCUGAAUGACUAUCAAAGAUGAUCAAACCCCCAGGGCCUGGUGUAGCAUUCCAAAUCAUAGCACAAAUACAGCUUGACCUUCCUUACAGUCCAGAAGGGACAUUCUCCCUGAGAAAUGCCCUUGGCUGCUGAGGAAAUCUCUGUUCUGUAGUGACAGAGUGAAUGCCUGGCUGUGGCUCUUGGGUUCACAGAAUCCCUAAUCCUCCAGGCCCCUAAGAGGCAAGGCAGGGAUGCUACUCACAAUAUAUGCAGCACCCCAGAUGGAGCCUGUGGGAGAGAGAGAGGAAAUCACCAUCUUCACCCUAGGCAAAGGAGAAUGGUUGUGAUCAGCCAUAUAUGCCUGCAAGAAGGAGCAGAGCCAUAUUGUUCUUGUGGGUUGGGAGAGGGGACACAGAAUCCAAGGAAAUUGUCUGAGGUCUCAAGCCAGAGUCAGAGCCAAACUCCAGGUAUUGGCCAAAUGGCUGAGAAAAGCAAGGAGCCAGUCUUACAGGUCAAGGAAGAUGAGGGAUAGUUGAGAGUCAUCAGUAUCAUAGAACAGGCCAGCAGGGCUUUAUUAAGUAGGUAGAACUAUUGUAAACCAAGGAUCAUGGGAGAUAUUAAUAUCUGCUGGCCAGACCUAAAAAAUACUGAAAGCCCAAGGAAAGUGACUAGACUCACUGGAAAGUAUCUAACAAAUACUUUGGAUUCCGUAGUAUUUCCAGUACAUUGAAGGUUCCUUUGAAAAUAUCAAAGCACAAACUCAAAUCUGCACAAGAUUAUAAAAAGCACAAUUUUGGUCAAUGUUGUUUUUAGGAGAACAUAUAGACAAAGCUGUGUUCAUUUCCCUCAGCAAGCAUUUUCCUGGAAAAUAUUAAUAGCUUAAGAAUCAAAUGCCACUUUUGUUUUUCAUUCUUUCACUAGUUUGAAAUACCACAAAUCACAGGUGAGUCAUCCCUCCCAGAGGAAAAGACAGUCUAGGGAGGAUCACAGGCCCGGGCAAACAAGGCCACACUGAGAGCAGGAGGAACCUGCAUGCUUAAGGGAUGGAGUACUGUGCUGUGUUCUGAUAAUGGACCCCUGGAUGCAGAAAUGGUUAAAAAUCAACCUUCGAAAACAAAAAACCCAAGCUAAUCCUGAAAUAUAUUUAACUUGAAGUCUUUGGAUUUUUUUAAGAUUAAAAAAUGUUUAGGAUUAUUAUAAAUCAAUAUUUAUAAACAAGCAAAAGUGUAUUUAGAAUUGUUGACCUGAUUAAAUAUGUUUUUGCUAUGUGUA